GCUGUAUUUUACUUUCUUUCAGGAGGCUAUAAAGACAACAGACAGGGGAGGUAGACAGAGUUCCUGUUCAUCACCAUUCUUUGGCCAUUGGUGGCUAGGCGCCUGAAGGUGGCUGCUACCUUUGCUCAGAUCAACCCUCGGUUCGUUGUCCCCCUUUCUACAAUGAGGCAUAUGCAGAGUGCAACCCGGGCCACCUUAGUUUGUGGCAGCGGGGUAAAGCAGAUCAUUGCCAAGGGACAUCCGAAUACCCGGGUUUUUGGAGCGCGCAAGGCGCGAAUCCCUGAGAGAGAGGUGCUAGCAGCCAAACCCAAGAUCACGCGCAUUACACAUCUCAAUCUACAACCCCAGGAGCGCCAGGCCUUUUACAGGCUCCUAGAAAAUGAGCUGAUUCAGGAAUUUCUUUCUAUGGACUCCUGUCUAAAGAUUUCAGACAAGUAUCUCAUAGCAAUGGUUCUAGCAUAUUUUAAGCGGGCAGGCCUCUACACCGGCGAGUACACAACCAUGAAUUUCUUUGUUGCUCUGUAUCUGGCUAAUGACAUGGAGGAAGAUGAAGAAGACUAUAAAUAUGAAAUCUUCCCCUGGGCACUAGGAGAUUCAUGGCGUGAGUUUUUCCCACAAUUUUUACGUCUCCGGGACAACUUCUGGGCUAAAAUGAACUACCGAGCAGUUGUUAGCCGAAGAUGUUGUGAUGAGGUAAUGGCGAAAGAUCCCACUCAUUGGGCCUGGCUCAGAGAUCGUCCUAUUCAUCAUAGUGGGGCCCUGCGUGGUUACCUCAGAAAUGAGGAUGACUUUUUCCCUCGGGGUCCAGGCCUUACACCAGCCAGCUGUGCACUUUGCCAUAAAGCAAGUGUCUGUGACUCUGGUGGGGUCGCCCAUGACAACUCUUCUCCAGAACAAGAGAUUUUUCACUACACCAAUAGGGAGUGGUCCCAGGAACUUCUCAUCUUGCCACCUGAACUGUUAUUGGAUCCGGAGUCUACUUAUGACAUCCACAUUUUCCAGGAACCGUUGGUUGGAUUAGAGCCAGAUGGGGCAGCCUUGGAAUGGCACCACCUUUAGCACCAUGUCAUCUCUGUGCUUUCAUUCUUCUCUAAUCCACGAGCUCAAGAAGCACUUAACCUCUCCUAAGCACUUGCCCAUGUCCCUAUUCAGACUAAUGAAUUAAAUGGGAGAGGUGACUAUUGCCAUAAAGGGAAGGAUGCCACUUAGAGUGGAGAAUAAUACUUGCCAAAAAUGGUGUUUGGGUCUGUUUAAACUGUUGCUAUUUCAGUUGCCUUGUAAAUAAAUAAGUAUAAAAAUGUAUGCUCUGUGCCGGUUGCUAAUAAAAAAAAAAUCUGGUAUCA